AAAGUGUUCGGAAAUAUUUUACUUCUAAUGUAGUAUAUGGAUCCACUGGUAUUCGGGAUGUAUACCUUGAACUAAAGGAUUUAACACUUCUUGGAUGAAGAGGAAACUUGCACUUUAUCAGAUGUCCAACCCAGGACCUGCCUACUUUUGUUCAAACGGGAAGAGAUAAAUGCUUCCCAACACUAGGCAUGGUGCUGUGUGCUACGGGAGGUGAUGCUUACAAGUCUGAAAAAGAUUUUUGUACACUUGGAAAUCUCUACCUGCACAAACUGGAUGAACUUGACUGCCUUGUAAAGGGCUUGCUAUAUAUAGAUUCUGUCACUUUCAGUGGACAGGCAGAGCGCUAUUAUUUUGCUAAUGCCUCAGAUGCUGAACGAGGCCAAAAGAUGCCUUUUAACCUGGAUGCCCCCUGUCCACUGCUGGGCUCCGGGGUCAGCAUUUUAGCAGUCCAUUCCAAAGACAACUAUAAACGAGUAACUGGGACAAGCCUUGGAGGGGGUACCUUUCUGGGCUUAUACGGUUUAUUGACUGGCUGUGAAAGUUUUGAAGAGGCUCUUGACAUGGCAACCAAAGGUGAUAGCACUGACACUGACAAGCUGGUCUGUGAUGUUUAUGGAGGAGAUUAUGAAAGAUUUGGUCUGCCAGGUUGGGCUGCAGUGUCUAGCUUUGGGAAUGUGAUUUAUAAGGAAAAACAAGAAUUUGUUAGUAAAGAAGAUCUAGCAAGAGCUACUUUAGUUACUAUCACUAAUAACAUUGGUUCUGUGGCACGAAUGUGUGCUGUUAAUGAGAAAAUAAAAGUUGUCUUUGUUGGAAACUUUUUACAUGUUGGUACUCUCUCAGUGAAACUUUUGGCAUGUGCACUGGAUUAUUGGUCAAAAGGUCAAAUGAAAGCAUUGUUUCUAGAACAUGAGGGAUACUUUGGAGCAGUUGUCGCACUUCUUGCUCUGCCAAAGUUAGCUAACGUGUCAGGUUUCUCUCUGCUAAUAAAUGUCAUCCAAGAGGAACUGAAAACCAGAGGAAUUAUUACUGCCUUAUUUGUCACUGGGAACCAAAGGAUAAAAAAAUAG